ACACACACACACACACACACUCAUACCAAGGCACACAGAGACACACUCUCACAUUGCAGGCUUUGAAACGCAGUCAUGAAGAUCUUCGUGGUACUUGCACUAACUGUUUUCACCGGUUGCCAUGCCAACCUUCUUUGGGCAGACCAGCCCAAGCCACAGCUGGAGUUGGUGACAGAUGCAUUCUGGGACUAUGUCGCCAAGGCAACACGCACUGCUGAAGAGACCCUCCAGACGAUCAGACAGUCUGAGCUGGGCCAGGAAGUCAAUGCUCAGAUCACAAAGAGCGCGGACGUGGCCAGCAAAUAUGUGGUUACUCUCCACAGUCAGAUGACCCCUCUGGCUCAAGACUUACUGACCCAACUCUCCCAGGAGGCCGAGCAGCUGAAGGUUCGUCUGGAGAAAGACCUGAUCAACCUGAGGGUCCAGCUGGAGCCCUACGCUGAGGAGCUGAGGACCAACAUUCAGCAGCAGGUGGAGCAGCUGAAGCAGGAUGUGGCCCCUUAUGUAGAGUCCCUGGAGCCCGAGGCCCUGAAGGCCGCCCUGCUCCAGAAGAGCGAGGAGCUGAAGGGGAGCCUGGAGCAGAGCGUGAAGGAGCUGCAGUCCCAGCUGGACCCCCACACCCAGGAGCUGAAGGAGAAAGUGGAGCAGCACCUGCAGGACUUCCACAAGAGUAUGGCUCCCCUGGCCCAGAGCUUCCAGACCCAGCUGGCCCAGAUAACCCAGGAGAUCCAGCAGAGUCUGGCCCCCUAUGGUGAGGACCUGAGAGAGAAGCUGGACCCCUACGCCCAGGACCUGAAGGCCCAGCUCACUGCCCUCUGGGAGUCCUUCACCAAGACAAACUAGACAUGGAAGGAUCUCUGCUUCAUUCCUCAUGCCUUUCUCUGGCACUUAUUCACUGUUUCUCCAGUUGAUCCACUUAAGAUUAUAAUCAUUUAGUUCUGAUUCAAUCUGAAAUGGACCAGCUUUAUGGAAAACGACAUUAUUCUUCAGUACAGUGCAAUUAUUUUGCCAAAUCCAAAACUUUCUUCUCUGUGCAAGUCAUAUCAAUGAUUCAUUAUUUAUUUGUUUUAUUAUUUAUUGUAAGAUUGAAUAGGUGUUCAAUCAAAUAAAAAAUUACAUUUACCCCCAAAAAAA